UGGGGGAGACAGCUUAUUUCGAGUAGAACGAUCGGAGCGCCUUGCGCGCUCCGGAAACUCCAGAAGAUGGGGGAAGGGACGACGGGGGAAUGGUCAAGAGCCCCUCGCGGCGGUCGGCGACGCCGGAGGUUCGGCAAUGGCAAAGGGCAACGACGGGGGGGGGGACUUGGAACUUGGCGACCGGGCCGUUCAGCGGUACUGCGUCGAGCGGCGCCGCAGGCGGCGCUCGAAGUCGGCCGCGUGCCGCACGGCCGGAUCCGCGCAGACGAACGCGUCCCCGCCGGCGCGGCCGCGCUCCACGAACCACGAGUAGUAGUUCAUCUGGCGCGCGAACGACUCCCACAUGGUCUUGCGCCGCGCCGCGGGCGCGGCGCCCGGCGCUGCCUUGAAGAACUUGGGGAGCACGCGCUCGGCGAAGCGGGCGCGGUCCGGGAUCACGAGCUUGCGCGCGGUCGGCGAGUAGCUGCAGUAGUCGCCGAAGCCCUCGACGAUGCGCCGGAGCUUGCUCGGGAAGAUCUGCGCCGGCGUGCUCGGCGGGUCCUCGGGCGAGGCGUCGUACCGCGCCGGGCGCGCCGGCGCCGGCGACAGCGGCCGCGCGCGCUUGCGCGCCGCGCG